AUGGCUUUUAACACCCUUAUCGCAUCAGUUCUGGUGGCGAGCCGUCUCACUGCGGGAUACUUGAUCGCCCCCUCUGGCACCGCAUUUCCCGGGGCAAACUCAGACUGCAGUGAAUGGGUUACCUACACGACCGGCUUGACCUGCGCCGACAUCGAGGCCACAUACUCGAUCACCGAAGAGGAUUUUCUUGCAUGGAAUCCCUACCUCUCGCUACUGUACACCGACUGCAAUUUGGUUGCGGGCUAUGACUACUGCGUGGACAUCGACUUUGAGACCUUCGGGACCACAUCCACCAUCUCUGCUUCCACGACCGGAUCUGCGACCGUGGCGAGCGCGGGAUUCACUACACCUUCGCCCAUUCAAACAGGCAUGACGGCCACAUGCGACGAGUUCUACCUCGUGGUCUCCGGAGACACGUGCGCGGCCAUUGCCUCUAAUGCCGGUAUUGCACUGUCCGACUUCUACGCCUGGAACCCUGCGGUUGGUAGCAGCUGUGCGGACCUCGACAUCGGUGAUUAUGUGUGCAUCGGGGCAACGGGGAGUGCAAUCUCAUCCACAGCAGCAACAGCCACGGUCACCAGCAGCGGUACGGGCAUUGUUACGCCAGCCCCGAUUCAGACCGGCAUGACCGCCACCUGCGACGCGUUCCAUCUCGUCGUCUCCGGAGACACGUGCGCGGCCAUUGCCUCCGAUGCCGGUAUUGCACUGUCCGACUUCUACGCCUGGAACCCUGCGGUUGGCAGCAGUUGCGCUGACCUCGAUGUUGGUGAUUAUGUGUGCAUCGGGGCGACUGGGACUGUAACCACAGCCACAGCCACAAGCAGCGGCACUGGCAUCGUCACGCCCGCCCCGAUUCAGACAGGCAUGACCGCCACCUGCGAUGCGUUCCAUCUCGUGGUCGCCGGAGAUACCUGCUCGGUCAUUGCGUCCGACGCGGGGAUCGCACUGACUGACUUCUACGCCUGGAACCCUGCUGUCGGCAGCAGCUGCGCUGACCUGGACGUGGGCGAUUAUGUGUGCAUCGGAAUUGAGGGAGGCACCACCACUGCUACUGCGACGACAACAUCGGCAACGACAACCGGCAAUGGAGUCACGACUCCCACUCCGAUCCAGACGGGCAUGGUGUCGGACUGCGAUUCCUUCUACUAUGUGGUCACUGGGGACGGCUGCUCGAGCAUCGCGAGCGCGGAGGGGGUCACCGUGGCUGAAUUGGAGGAGUGGAACCCGGCCAUUGGGACGGAUUGCACGGAUUUGUGGACCGAAACCUAUAUUUGCGUGGGAAUCUUGUAG